AUGACCUCGGCGAAGAUUGCUGACGUCACCACGGAAAGAAGGACGAGGAUGUUGGCCUCGUACAAAGCGGUGGCGGCGAGUCCCGAGCCGACAGCAGUCCCGUUGACGAGGGCGAAGCCUUCCUUGGGCCGGAGGUUGAAGAAGGUGUCGUCAGUGUUGAUGUCGGCGAGGGAGAAGGCCUGGGCAGGGGUGAGGGAUCGGCCGUCAGGGCCGACGGCGCGAGAGUUGGGCCGCCCCAUGAGGAGGCCCGCGAUUGAUGGUGCCGCGGAGAGGGAGACAGGGUGUGACGUGGGCAUUGAGGAGCUUGGUGAUGGCAUCAAGGAUUUCAAAGCGGAUGCCGGAGUAGCCCUGGAGGAGGGUGUUGAUGCGCACGAGCAUGGCGGCGCGUGUGGCGGGGGCAGACAGAGUAUAUCCCUCCCCUUGUCCAAGCUCUCCAUAACCCAAUCGCUACUGGCCCUCACCCCAGCCUCCGCCGCCUCCGCCAGCUCCACCACCGCGCCGCCGCCGGCGACCGCCGCCACCUGCGCUAUCGUCAGGCUCUCCCCGCCCAGCCUCACCAUCGGCCUCCGAAACUCCGCCACCAUCCGCCGCACCUCGUCGAGGUGGCUCCCCGCCAAAGCUGCCGCCGCCGCCGCCCAGUUCAGCGGAUCCGCGCACAACCCGUUCUCUAGUAAUAUGGUCCACCAGUCUGAAGCAAAAACUACCUCAUACAAAGAGUAUGUGGAAAAACACACCUCAUGGCAAAGGUCAAAGCGUCACCGAAAAAGGCGCCGCUCGAUUUCUAGCAAGAAACUCGUGAGGUGGCAAUCUGUCAUUUCCCGCGCCCUCGCACUCCGGGGACCCGGCGGCGCGUGGCCGGCACUCUCCGCCGAGGAUCUUCGACCAGUCGGGGACGUUCACCGGGACAGACCUUGGACCCGUUCGGAGGUGAUGAUAGCCCGCUUUUGCGGGCUUUUCCGCGGUAUUUCGGUCCGGUGGGCUGUCGGGCCGAACAACGUCGUCAAAGGCCCAAAUCUCGGACUCGUCGAGCUCGAAUCGAUUAUCGAGCGAAUCCGAGCAAAUUGGCUCGACGGCGACGGCCAUGGCGCCGCCGAGAGUGUUUAG